UCGGCGGCUGGUCGUGUGUACGAUAUUCAGUCCCCAGUUGGCGCGACAUCAGUUUUGAGUUGGCUUUCAACGCGAGCGGGUCUUUUCUCUUCGCAAGCGACACACCAGCAACUGGAUCAGCAUCAUCUGAGCAGCCAAACGUCAGCCGCAGCAGCAGCAGCCGAGCAGCGAGAGAAGCAGCGCCCAGAAGACACACGCACACACACACACACCCCAAGAGAGAGUGCCAGUGCAGACAGUGAAGAGUGUGUGCCAGCGAGAGCAGGAAGAACAGUAGCACCCCAGACACAAGCAAGAUGAUGAUGGAGAACGGUCUCUCCAUGGAGUACGGAGACGGCUACAUGGAACAGGAGGAGGAAUGGGAGCGUGAGGGUCUCCUCGAUCCUGCGUGGGAGAAGCAACAGAAGAAGACAUUUACCGCCUGGUGUAACAGUCAUCUGCGCAAAGCUGGCACCGCCAUCGACAAUAUAGAUGAGGACUUCCGCAAUGGCCUCAAGCUGAUGCUGCUGCUGGAGGUGAUCUCCGGCGAGACGCUGCCCAAGCCCGAUCGCGGCAAGAUGCGCUUCCACAAGAUCGCCAAUGUGAACAAGGCCCUGGACUUUAUUGCCUCGAAGGGUGUGCACCUCGUGUCGAUUGGCGCCGAGGAAAUUGUCGAUGGCAAUCUGAAGAUGACCCUCGGCAUGAUCUGGACAAUCAUCUUGCGCUUUGCCAUACAGGACAUCUCCGUUGAGGAGAUGACCGCCAAGGAGGGUUUGCUGUUGUGGUGCCAGCGCAAGACGGCUCCCUACAAGAACGUCAACGUACAGAACUUCCAUCUGUCGUUCAAGGACGGUUUGGCUUUCUGCGCUCUCAUCCAUCGCCAUCGCCCAGAUCUGAUCGACUAUGCCAAGCUUUCCAAAGACAAUCCAUUGGAGAACCUGAACACUGCCUUCGAUGUUGCUGAGAAGUAUCUCGAUAUUCCAAGAAUGUUGGAUCCAGAUGAUUUGAUCAACACACCGAAACCGGAUGAACGUGCCAUCAUGACGUACGUCUCCUGCUACUAUCACGCCUUCCAGGGAGCCCAACAGGUUGGAAAUGUGACGCAUGUACCCGAACCCACAAGACAAUACACCUACGUCCCGAAUAAUUACAAUGCGGAAACGGCUGCCAACCGCAUCUGCAAGGUACUCAAGGUCAAUCAGGAGAAUGAGCGUCUCAUGGAGGAGUACGAGCGUCUGGCCAGCGAUCUGCUGGAGUGGAUCCGCCGCACCAUGCCGUGGCUGAACUCCCGCCAGGCGGACAACUCGCUGGCUGGAGUCCAGAAGAAACUGGAGGAGUACCGCACGUACCGACGCAAGCACAAGCCACCGCGUGUGGAGCAGAAGGCAAAACUCGAAACCAAUUUCAACACCCUGCAGACGAAGCUGCGUCUGUCGAAUCGUCCGGCCUACCUUCCCACCGAAGGCAAGACCGUGUCCGAUAUCUCGAACUCGUGGAAGGGCCUCGAGCUGGCCGAGAAGGCAUUCGAGGAGUGGCUGCUGGCCGAGACCAUGCGCCUCGAGCGUCUCGAGCACUUGGCCCAGAAGUUCAAGCACAAGGCCGAUGCCCACGAGGAUUGGACACGCGGCAAGGAGGAGAUGCUGCAGUCGCAGGACUUCCGCCAGUGCAAGCUCAACGAGCUGAAGGCCCUCAAGAAGAAGCACGAGGCCUUCGAGUCCGAUCUGGCCGCCCACCAGGAUCGCGUUGAACAGAUCGCUGCCAUCGCCCAGGAGCUCAACACCCUGGAGUAUCAUGACUGCGUGUCUGUGAAUGCCAGAUGCCAGCGCAUCUGCGACCAGUGGGACCGUUUGGGUGCCCUUACUCAGCGUCGCCGCACGGCGCUGGAUGAGGCUGAGCGCAUUCUGGAGAAGAUCGACAUCUUGCAUUUGGAGUUCGCGAAGCGUGCGGCACCGUUCAACAACUGGCUGGACGGGACACGCGAGGAUCUGGUUGACAUGUUCAUUGUGCACACCAUGGAGGAGAUCCAGGGCCUGAUCCAGGCGCACGAUCAGUUCAAGGCGACGCUCGGCGAGGCCGACAAGGAGUUCAAUCUGAUUGUGAAUCUGGUGCGCGAGGUGGAGUCCAUUGUGAAGCAGCACCAGAUACCCGGCGGUCUGGAGAAUCCCUACACGACCCUGACCGCCAACGACAUGACCCGCAAGUGGAGCGACGUCCGCCAGCUGGUGCCACAGCGCGACCAGACGCUGGCCAACGAGCUGCGCAAGCAGCAGAACAACGAGAUGCUGCGCCGCCAGUUCGCCGAGAAGGCCAAUGUGGUCGGUCCCUGGAUCGAGAGGCAGAUGGAUGCCGUGACGGCGAUAGGCAUGGGACUGCAGGGCUCCCUGGAGGAUCAGCUGCACCGCCUCAAGGAGUACGAACAGGCUGUGUACGCAUACAAGCCGAACAUCGAGGAGCUGGAGAAGAUCCACCAGGCCGUGCAGGAGUCGAUGAUAUUCGAGAACCGCUACACCAACUACACGAUGGAGACGCUGCGUGUCGGCUGGGAGCAGCUGCUCACAUCGAUCAAUCGCAACAUCAACGAGGUGGAGAACCAGAUCCUGACACGCGACUCAAAGGGCAUCAGCCAGGAGCAGCUGAACGAGUUCCGCUCCAGCUUCAAUCACUUCGACAAGAACCGCACCGGCCGCCUCACGCCGGAGGAGUUCAAGUCCUGCCUCGUCUCGCUGGGCUAUUCGAUCGGCAAAGACCGACAGGGCGACCUGGACUUCCAGCGCAUCCUCGCCGUCGUCGAUCCCAACAACACUGGCUACGUCCACUUCGAUGCCUUCCUCGAUUUCAUGACCCGCGAGAGCACCGACACCGACACUGCCGAGCAGGUCAUCGACUCCUUCCGCAUCCUGGCAGCCGAUAAGCCAUACAUAUUGCCCGACGAACUGCGCCGCGAGCUGCCCCCAGAUCAGGCCGAAUACUGCAUCCAGCGCAUGCCACCAUACAAGGGCCCCAACGGUGUGCCCGGUGCCCUGGACUACAUGUCCUUCAGCACAGCUCUCUAUGGCGAAACCGAUUUGUAAGCUCCGCGGCCCACGCAGCCCACGAGGAUACAAAGGAGGAUAGAAGAGAGAGAGAGAGAGGAGUAGAAGCCGAGCCAAGCCAAGCCAAGCCCAGCAGAGCAUAGCAGAGCAGGAAGAGAGCCGUGGCCAGAUCAUAUAAUAAUGCUAAACUCUAAUAAUAAUAAUAUUAAUAAACAUAGAUUUAUUAUACCUACACUCGUAACGGUAACUUCAGAAGAACUUCAGUGAGAGCGACACACAGAGAGAAAGAGAGAGAAGAGAGAGAGAGAGAAAGAAGAGAGAGAGUACUAUCCAUGAGAGAAUAUUUAUAGCUUUCCGUCUCGAACCGAUGAUGUGGCGUGGGUGCGGACCGUGCCCCCAAAAAGCCCGCACACACCA